AUGGUGGAGUUCCCGAAAGAAUAUCGGGCAUUGAUGAAUACAAAAAUGGAAGUUAGCUUGCAGAGCUUCUCCCAGGUUGAAAAGGAUAGGACCAGCCACGGUUCAGAUGGAAAUGAAGGAGAAAAGAGGCAGGGCUCAGGCAAACGUAGCUCGAAUGGAGCUUUCCAGGAACAAAACAACGAGGGCGAACAAGUAUCACCAAAAGACAAUAUGCACUCAGUUGAAUCAAACGAUACAAAAACAUCAGAACACAGCGGGGAGGCGUCACAGCGGAUGAGGGAGCAACCAGAGACAGUCGGUUCCAAAUGUGGCAUAGGGGCUCAGGAAGCAAACAUGGAGGCGAUCGAAUUAAAAAGGGUGAACGGAAAAGUAGGAUUAAAUUUGAAAAAAGUUCCCGGGAGGCCGUAUUACAUCCAUUCGGUUGCUCGAUCAACGAUGACGGAGCAAAUUGUUGAGGCGGGAGACUAUGUACACUCGAUUGAUGGUAACAGGAUCGAAUUUCUGGAUGCCGAAGUAGUUGAAAACAUGCUGAAAGGGCAGACUGGAAGUUCGCUCUCUUUGCUGAUUUCGAGGAAUGACUUUGUUGAAACUACUUGCUUGUCUUCGUCUUUUGGACUCGGGCUUGCCAUGGAUGAAGUUGAGUCAUCAUCCAAAACUCGCCGCAUCAAGAAGCUUGUGGUGUCGGAUGUUGCAUCGCUGAGUUCGCUGAGGAAUCUCAUCAAGAAGGGCGACGAAAUCACACAAUUUGACGGACGUGCUGUAUCCGAAAUGGGAUCAGCAGAGAUUGCCGCUUUCGUUGCUGGUGAAAAAGGAUCUAAGAUUUCCAUCACGUACAGACAAGCAAGAACAAAGUGA